CCUGGGCAGCAGCGAAGUGUCACUGCAGCAAAACACAAUUGAACAAUGGAGGAAAUAUCCUCCAUGAUUGAACCUUCCUAGGCCUAAUCGUAUCGUAUCCGAAACGAUCAAAACCAACAUGAUGGCUCACUCAUGUUUAGGUUUAGGCCUACGAACGUUGCUAGUAUUAUUCUCACACAUGUGUAUUAUAAGAUGUUAUAUAAUGCACAUAGAUGUACCCGAGGCAACAGAGUGCUUAAAUGAAAGUUGUGGCGUUACAUAUCAACCAGAAUCAGCGCUAAUUCUUUGUUCGAAUUUGCCAGAUGAGUUUUUUGAAUGCGAUCAGCCAAAAAGUAUAGAAGAAGGAAAUGAAACAACAGAAGAUGGUGGUUGUAAACAGUAUGGAAAAGUGAAAUAUCAAGAUGUUGAAACAACUAAAGUGAUAUGUCGCCCUCUAGCAGGUAUCCAAUGCUAUGGAUCUAGGGAAUUCAACCAAACUGUACCUUGUGUAAAAUAUGAUAAUCAUUAUUUUGUGUCCACUUUACUGUUUUCAAUUUUAUUGGGUUUCUUUGGAGUUGAUCGCUUCUGUUUAGGGCACGUUGGAACUGCUGUUGCCAAACUACUAACCCUAGGUGGACUUGGUAUCUGGUGGGUUGUGGACAUAAUUCUUUUAGUGACCGGUCAACUACGACCAGCAGAUGAUUAUAGUUGGAGCCCAUAUUAUUGACCAAAGUGUGUUGUAUCAGUGCCAGCUGUAGUAUUAAUAUCGAAGGGCAACAAUCUAUACACGUUCAAUAAUGGAAUGCCCAGAAUCAAGGAGAAACUGUUAUUUUCGGAGAUGUUAAAGUGUAUCUUGCAGUCAAAAUCGAAGAGUACCACACAAACAAUUCAAGAACCAAAUAUUAGCUAAGCAGAUUAGACACCAAAUUGUAUUUUCUACUAGCUGUUAUUUUAAGUGUGGCUGCUCUCCACACAUUGCAGAAUUUGACAAAAUAUUCAUUAAAAAAAAGUAUGAAUGAGCCUUCCUAUUUAAUGAACUAUAUUUUGAGUGUUUAAUAAUUAUAAUAUGUAACUUGUUAAAUUUUGAUUUUGAUUUAUCUGUUUACUUUCUUAAUCAACUAUAUUGACUUAAGAUAGAUGACUUUUUAAUAAUGAAAGUAAAUUUAAGAAAAAGAUUAUGAAUUGUGCAAUGAACUUUGUUUACAAAUUCUGAAAUUAUAUUGUACAGUAAUAAAGGCCAAAAAAAGCAUGUGUUGCCAAGUUCAUCUAACAAUUUUUUCCUCUGUAUCAUCAAAGAAAAAUUAAUACAGUGUUCGAAUAAAGGACAUAAUAAUACAUUGUGUAGCAUAGCUCUCAACGAAUGUAGACUUAUAAAUAAAUGAAUAAAGAAAUUGUGUAAUAAAAUGCUUUUGAUGGGAUUCGAACUGCGACCUCUCACUGUCAAGGCGAGUGUCAUAAUCAUUUGACCACAGAGACUUCAUGGUUGAACAGAUUCAAAUACCGCCAGAUACACUCUUUUAAGACAAGUUACGGCUAGAAACAAAUAAUUGCAUGUAUAAAUCAAGAUAGCCGUUAAUACUGUUAAAUUAUUUAUAAAUCAUCAAAGAAGGGUAAAAUACAGCGUUUGAAUAAAGGACAUAAUAAUACAUCGUGUAGCAUAGCUCUCAACGAACGGAGUCCUAUAAAUAAAUGAAUAAAGAAAUUGUGUAAUAAAAUUCCUCUGACAGGAUUCAAACCUGCCUCAUAACCAUCAGACAACAGAGGCUUCAGGUCGAUUGUGUCAUAUA